AUGCCGCCAAAACGACAAAAACCUGUUGAAAGCGACUCGGAUUCGGACUCUGACGCCCCAGAGGCUAUUACAACCUCACAGUCGAAGUUACAUGUCCAGGAACGAGAAACAGCGGUCAAACAGGCUCAAAAGGCGGCCAGGGAGAAGAAGAAGGAAGAAAAUCGGGAAAGGGACAGGAAACUGAAGGAGAGGGCUGCGCAGAAUCAGGGAAAGAGGAAGAGAGGCUCUGGAAAGGCUGAGAAGGCGGUGGUGGAGCAGUCAGAGGCCUCGGACGAAGACGAUGAAGACGAGGGUAGUGUGGAUGACGAAUUGGAGGCUAGGAUGCGUCGAGCGAUGGCAGAGGCGGCAGAAGAGGAUUCAUUGGAUGAAGAGGGUGACCUGGACGACGAGGAGGAAGAAUUUGGCGGGAUUGUAGACGAUGGAGAUGAUCUGGAGGACCUGGAGGAAGACUACGAAGACCCCGAGCUCGACGAGGACGACGAACCCGCACCCAAACGUUCUCGGAAGCAAACUUUCGAAGACGACGACGACGAGGAUGAAGAAGAAAUGGAUAUCGAUCUUCCACCGUUGCCCAAGAACCAAAAGAAAUCCAAAGCCUCAACUUCGAAGGCAGAACAUCUGCCUGACGAGCUGUUCGCCGCUGCAUUCAAAGCUAGCCAGGCACUAUCUCAAAACGCAGGCUCAAAACCCAAAUCUGAACCCACCUCAUCCUCGAAGAAACGUCGACGGAAACAACGUUCCAAGGAUCUCGUACUUGGGUCCAAAAAGAUUCGUCUUCUACCUGAUCCAGCGGCUUCAGAAAAACCAGCGAUUCCUCGUUCCCUGAAACAGCCGAAGAAGAUCAAAAAGUUCCUGGACCGGACGUUGGCUCUGAAGGGCAACAAGACGCCGAAGACUGUAUCGUUGGGUUGGGAACGGAGACCAGCAAACAUAGGAGUUUUACGCGGGGCAGGGCCAGCUGCCAAUUUUGUUCGUCAGGUUUAG